CGAGUAUAUAAGAUCACCGUAACGACCAACAGACCAACACAAAUCAUCCAGCCUUCAAGCUAGACUAACAAAAAAAAACAGAACCAACUUAGAAAAAUGAAGUUCUUCAUCGUCAGCCUCCUGAUCGCCGCCUGCGUGGCCCUCGCCCAGAGCAGCGUUAUCCACGGAUCUGCCCUCGGCUACGCCCCCGUGUCCACCAUUCCGGUUGUCCGCACGGUGCCCGUGGUGCGCAGUGUGCCAGUGGUCCGUCAUGUGCCGGUGGUGCGCAACGUUCCGGUUGUGCGCCAUGUGCCCAUUGUCGACUCCGUCCAGGUGGUGCAGCCCUCCGUGUACCGCGUCGGUCAUGCCGCCGUCUACGAUGCUCCCCUCAUCCAAUCCUACGGCGGCUGGUUGAAGCAGAAGUAGAUGGAUAACUACCUUUCUCUAUGCAUAACACAAACUGAAUAAAAGAAAAGAAAAUAACUAAA